AGUAUGCAAGUGUAUUACUUGAAACAAACAAGCUAUGUAGUUCGCUUUAAUUUCACUUAUACGAACAUAACAGUAAUAAUUAAAAAAAUGAAUAAGACUACUAUCAUUUUAAAUCUAAUAAUUUCUAUAUUAUCUGUUGUAAAAGCGAAUAAUGAAACUAAUACAAGUAAAGACAGCAAUGAAUUAUCUGAAAAAAUAGUAGAGACUGUGACAAUAGAAAAUUCUUACGUGAAAGAUUCAUCAAAUGUCGUAAACAAAUACGAUUUUUUAGGCACAACCAAAAUGAUCGGAAAGAAUAAUCCUAGAAAAACAUUUUUUGUCAAAAUUCGAAGAUUAAAGGAACCAGAAAUGGAAAACGAUAAAACUAUGAAAACAAGUCCGAUAAGCUAUUUUAUGACCUCUGAAAAACCAAUAAAAGUUACGAUUAAUCCUCACGAAGAAGAGAGCAGUGAAAAAUUAAGCAAUAAUACUGAAAUAUCACACGACGCGAAUGAAUGGAUUAAAACAAAAGUUACAUCAAAAGUUUCAGAAACGAAAGACAAAGAAGAAGAAAACACAGAAAAUCCUCUUAAAGUUGAUAUUAAACUUGAAUCUGUUACUAACAAAAGUGUUAUUGAUGAAGACCCUAAAAGAAUUGAUUUUGAAAUUGAAAAACCAAAUGACGAAUUAUCUUCUGAUGGGGAAGAAGUCCUUGAUGAUAUAGAAUUUACAAGAAGAAUGAUGACUGCUCAAUAUUGGAAAAAAGAUGAGAAUGAGCAAGACGAAGAAGAGGAGGAGCUAAUCUGGGAUAAAGACAAUAAUGUGCUAUUAGAUAUAAAAGCGAGGCUUGGAGGAGGUGACAAAGGCAACGUUGAACAUGUUGUCAUUGCAAAUGCCGAUAUGAAACCAGAAUCAAGAGUUAUCACCCCAGCAAUCUCUAACAUUGACGGUGACAAUAUGAAUAAUCCAGCUAUCAUUCUGCAUCCAAACUUACAUCCUGCUGUAAUUCAAAGAGAAUGUCUUCAAAAUCCUGCUCUUUUUAAUAUACGUCAUGAUAAACCCCUUGAUUUAAACGAAAGAUCAAGUUAUGAAAAUAUCAAUUUAGGAAAUACUCACCAUAUUCCUCCUACAAGAAAUAAUUAUUUUCAUCCACAGCUACCUUUACUUGGUGCGCAAGAACCAGUAGAGUUUAUGCUGCCUCAAAUUGAUGAUUUCAAUUCACAGUUAUUUUCUAAUGCGUAUGCAUAUACGCCUCCAUUGUCAAGAACGACUUUAGAUGAACCAACAGUAAUUACUGGUUCUGCUCUACUUUCAAAACUAUUUGAUGCAUCUGAGCAUUUAAAAAUUGGUCAGAAAUUUAAGACAAAUGCAAAUACAUAUGAUAGAAUGUUUUUUAAUAACUAUGACCCUAGAAAUGCAAUAAGACCAAAUUAUAACGUGUUUAGAUAUCUAAAUAGAUUUAAGCGUUGUGCUAGUUGCUGUUGUAAUUAAUUUUAAAUUAUUUAAGAUUAUAAAUCAAAUUCUUACUUUAUUUAAUAAUUAUUAGGAAUACUUGAAUAAAAAUAUGAGUUCAAAAUUUGUACAAAUCUUAAAUGUUGAAUAUAUUUUUUUUUAUAUUUCAUUUGAAAAUCGACGCGUUUGGACUCUACUAUCACUUACCAUCAGGUGAAGUAGAGUCAUUUGCCAUUCUGGCGCUUAUAAAAAAAAAAGAAAACAUUGUGUUAAGGAAAAUAAAACAAUUUUUUUUUAAAUAUUUUGUACUACUACAUUGGAUAAAGAAUUAUAUUUCGAUAGCGUGCUUAUUAAUAUUAGACAAAAAUCGUACUACUAACAUUGUAUAAACUACUAACAUUGUAUAAAAAAAAUUAAUACAAGAUUGAAACGAACGAACUACUAACAUUGUAUAAAAAAAAUUAAUACAAGAUUGAAACUUGAGUUUAUAGAGUGAUUUUUAUAAUAUAUGUAAUUUACAUAUUUAAAUUUAUAAUGAAUAUGUGUUUUUUGUUACAAAAAUAUCCUGAUUUCUAAUACUUGACGAAGGUAACCCUUAUUUCUAAGCUUAAAAAUCUAUAAAGAAUCUUCAUGGUGCACCCUUCAUUAUACCUACUAAUAAUUAACAUAUAAUUCAUGUCAAAAUGUAUUUCUGACAAAUAUAUAUUAUGUAACGUUAAUUUAUAAUUUAUAAUAUUUUAAGAUUGAUGUUGGCCUUUACGCGCAAUAACUGAAAAGGGAACAAUUGACCUAUUUGCGCCUUUUUUUAAAUAUAGACAGAAGCGUAAUAAAUUUGAGAUUUGACACGUGACAUAAAUAUAAGCUUGUCAUUUUUGAAGUUUGUUUUGUUUGAUAGCUAUUUACAUAAAAUAAUUGCGAAAAAGCGUAUCAUAUUGUUUUAAUAACAAAUAUUUCACCAUUUUAAACUGUAGUUUGAUUGUUUAUACCUAACGGUUAGUGUGUAUUUUGUAGUUGAAGCAAAGGAAACGAUGGGUAAAAAAUAUUACUGUGAUUAUUGUGAUAAAACCAUGGUAGCUACACAAUCUAUAAUAAGAACUCAUAUUAAAGGGGUAGUACAUCAGAAAUUGGUCAAUGAACAUUACCAACAGUAUAAAGAUCCCGAAACUAUAUUACAAGAAGAGAGUAUGAAAAAACCUUGUAUGAGGUUUGCGAGAGGAGAAUGUCAAUUUGGUGGCAUAUGUAGAUACUCACAUUACACUCAAGAACAAAUUAUGAAUCUUAGAGCUUACACGGAAUCAAAAAGUAAAACCAUAGACAACAACCCACCAUGCUUUGAGGAUCUUUACAACCAAUUACAGAACGAUAAAAACACAAUGUCCAGUAAGGAUGUCAAAAACACCAUAAUUUAUGAUGAAAAUGGUAUUACUCAUGUACUCCCAUGGACUUAUAAUCACGUAUUUGAUGUAUAUGGAUACAAUUUACCACCGAGUAUAAAAAAGUUAAAAACCAGUGAUUUUUCUAAUGCAGUAAUUACAAAUUGGGGUUGAAGACAAAAAUAAAUAUUUCACUAUCUUCGUGCAUUUUGUCAAAAGCGACAAUGUUUUCAACUUUUUCAAAGAUGAUAUAGAUCGGUCGAAAUAUUUUGAUUCAAAGUACAUAAACAACAAACCUACACAACAAUUGUUAGGUAAUUUAAAUAAUAAGUACCUAUUAUUAAUUACUUAUGAAGACAAAAAUAUCAAUGGUGACAAUUUCAAACCAAUAGCGCGUUUUCAUGAUAAAUCAAAAGGUAAAACGACAAAGAAUAACAUCACAAUGAAUCAGCAUAAAGCAAGAAUGAGGGAAAUUAUAAAUUUCAUGGAAGAUCAUUUGUUGACGACAAUAUAUUUAUACAAUGAAGUACAAAAAAUUAAAAAAGAUGAUGAAAUCAAAGAUAAGUUCAGAGAAAUGGUAUCAUAUUUAGAGAAACCGCAUAAUGAAUUCGAGAAAGAAGCCGUAUUGAAAUGUUUUUACAGCAACAAAAAGAAGAAAACUAAGAGUAGUAUAUGGGAUCAAAAAACAAAUGAUUUAGUUAUUAACGUGAUAAGAGAUCCUUAUAAUGACGGCACCAUUAAUUAAAAUAACAUAAUUGUACUAUAUAUUAAUUUGACAAGCCUUAUGUACUUUCAAGAAGCCAAUUUUUAAUAAAUAACAGAAAACAGCACAGGCCACUUAUGUUUCAAUACUUAAGCUAUUGUGUAAGUUAUUCUAUCGGGUCGAAUAUCGAGUGAAUUUGUUUCUUACAGAAUAGCUUCUGCCUGCAACUUUAUCGACAUUUUUUAGCGUCCUGGACUGACUAUUAUAAACUUUUUGAUAUGUCUCUUGUAUAGACACAAUUUUCUCUUUAUAUUUAUAUAAGUAAAGUAUCUAGUAUCUAUGUGGUAAAAUAUCUGAUUAGUAAAAUAAGAAUGUAAAUAAUAAAACUGUAAGGAAAUAAAAAAAAAUCGAAUUUA